AUGCCAUUCACAUGGACGCCAUCCCGCUUCGCCGCGACGACGUACCGCCAGGCGAAGAUUAGCGACCGCUUCCAGUUGCUCAUCACAAAGAAGGAAGUGGAGUGCGACUACCUUGGCGUCGACGCGACGGCACUCGUGGCAACCGGACUUCGGCUGGCGAAGAACGUCUCCACCGAGCAGCGCCGGCAUAAGGAGGUUGCGCGCCACGUGGCACAAUCGCUGCAGCAGCUGCUCAAGAAAGUGCGCUGCAAAAAGUCGCUCCUCAUCGCCAUGGACGGCGCGGAAACGUUGCUCAAGGCGGACCGAACGCGAUCUAGUAGUGUCACCCGGAAAGUUGAGAGCCGCCUGAUGCGCCUGCCAGGGACGCCGCUGAUGCAGGCGGUGGAGGAGCGACUCGUGCGCAUGAUGCCUGAGCGACAAAUUGUGCCAGGGGAAGUGGUUUUCGCCGGCACGUGUGUGCAGGGCUGCGUGGAGCAGAAGAUGUCCGCAUGGGCACUUGAUUUGGCCUGCCGCGAGAGCUUCAGCGGAAGCACCGACUCGCUCUGCCUCGUUGGCGCCUCUGAGCUCUACCUGAACGUCAUGGCACUCUCUCCCUACUACAACAUUACCAGUGUCGUGCAGAACAACGCAGACCUGCGGCAGAUGCGGCUGCAGGACAUCCUGGAGUGGCUUGAGCUCGACAAGAAGGCAAGGGAAGGAGACAGUGUCACGAUUGCAAAGAUGCGAACGGAUAUUCUUUUUCUCUUCCUCCUCGCGAACGGUGCCUCAGCGACAGAGUUCAGCCCCAUUCCUGGUGUUAGCUUCCACGAGCUCGUCGAGCGCUACAUGAAGAGUGUGGCGGAGCCCACCAAGGAUGGUGCCUCGCCACAGACCGCAGCGGCGUUUCUGUUCGAGGACUGCCCCGGCAACACGCUGCGUCUCAAUGUCCCGCUCCUCUGCCGCAUCAUUCAACUGGUGGCGCGCAAGGAAGUGCCGCCACGCGUCGACGCCGUGUCGGAGGUGUGUCUCGAGCACGCGCUGCAGACGCACGCGAUGCUGUGUCUCGGGGAGACGCCGGACCGCAGCUACGUCCCUCCGACAGCAGCCGCGCCGCUGAGUGGAAACGCGGCACCCGGCGUGGCUCAGUUCGCUGGGCACCUCAGUGCGCUGUGUGCCUCGUCCCCACACCGCACCGCACGCCAAAUUGUUCCAUGUGCUGAUGCCGCAGAUUCUGCAGCCGCGAAGGGGGCGCAGGCAAAACCCUUGACGGCGGCGGAGUACACCAUUUUGUGCCAGUCCCAACCGGCCGCGGUGGAAGGACUGAUUCAGCAUUACGUUGGUGUCGCGCCAAAGCAGGAGGUUGGAAAAAUGAUCACAACAGCAGAUACAGAGGGAGCGCACCGCAUGCUUCGCGAGGUGCUAUCCUACGCGGAUCCGGUGAAGCCACACAAGUGCUUGUGCCUCUCGCCGUCGUACUGCUGGUUGCAGAGUGAGAAGACUCAGUUGUGGCGGUUUGAGUAUGUUGACAUCGGCAGCCGCAGUUGCCUGAAUGAGACGCGUCGUCAACGCAACGCGGUGAAAGGUAUGACACUCGAAGUAAAUAUGUCUCGCGAUGGACCAUCGUUCUUUUUAACCUCGACUGCGACGUGGGAGCCGAUCGCUAAUUUCCCAUGCGGCGCGGAGUCUGUUGUUGGCAGCCAGAUACAAGAAACAACAACAGGAACAGGAGCAGAGGAAGUUGGAGGAUUAAAAGCGGCUCUGCCGCAUGAGAAUGACGGCAAUGAUGGAAUGAAGGAGAUGAAAGAGGCACCAUGCUCUGCAGCUACAGAAGCUGCAAAUACACAGGAGAGUAGUGCUAGUGCACGUGAGGUGCCCAACAUCAGUGGUAUGAGCAACACUGGGGUGGAUCGAGUGACAGCUCCAAAGCAGUCGACGUUGAAACUGCUCACAUGGAAUGUCAUGUUUGAUCGGUACAGUGGGAAGCCCACUCCAUUGGGGAUGCCCGGAAUUGAUUGGUGUUCCCCCAAGCGUUACCCGGUGCUUGCAAAGAUCAUCCAGCAGGAGGAUGCGGAUGUUGUGGGUAUGCAGGAGGUUGAGCCGGUCUUUUGGGACUUCCUCUCAAAACAGCCGUGGAUGCGAGAGAAUUAUUACUUUUCGUGCGGCCACAUGAGCCCUGCCAUUGCUCCAUGGGGUGUGUUGAUGCUGGUACACCGCCGACGUCUACCGGUGCAAAGCAUUACGUACCUCAAUGUCCCUGCGUGGACGAACCACGUCUCGCUCAUGCCUGUCGUUUGUCUCCGCAUGCCACACGGGAUGGUGCACGUGGCGGCGGCGCACCUGCUGGCGCCGUACACCAAAUCGCACGAGAACGCACGUACUUCGCAGGAUUCAGCGCUGCGGCACCACAUGGUUAAGACACUGAGCGGUGACGUGGUGACGAUGGGUGACUUCAAUGACUGGCCUACCAAUGAGUUCCUCAUGCCAGCGGAGUCACAGUACACGGACUGCUGGCCUGUCCUUCAUCCUAAGGACGCCGGUAAGACGAUGGAUGAGACGAACACAUUUUGUAAGCUUAAGGUGGAGGAGAUGUUCUUUGGCCGCUCUGACAAGAUGUUUCUUCGCAGCCGGCGCCUGGUACCGAUGGAGGCGCAUCUUGUGGGUACAAAGAGCGUGAACGAGGAGAAUAGCAACAAGGACGCGCCUGCCUACUUGUUCCCAUCUGAUCACUACGGUGUCAGCAUGACAUUUGCGUUGAAGCAGAAAUAG